AUGGCUCCAUCCUCUGUUCAUUCAGACUCCUCCGAUGAUGGCCUCGCCGCCGUCCCCGUCUCUGCCUCUCAAAUCCAAACCCUCUCCAUCCGCCACCAUGUCUCGGUCAUCCUCGACCUCGACGAAGGCAAUUACGGCCAGUGGCGGCACUUCUUCGAUUCCACUCUUGCCAAGUUCGGCAUCAAGGGCCACGUCCGCACGACGACGCCCGACGCCGAUCGCGAUGGCGAGUGGCGCAUGGUCGACGCCUGCGUCAUCAACUGGAUACUCGCCACCGUAUCCAAGGGUGUCUUUGACAUCAUCCGUCGUGACCGCCACGACGCGUUCACCCUCUGGCAUGCAGUCGAGGGGAUUUUUCAGGACAAUGAGAUGCAGCGCGCGGUGUAUCUUGAGGCCGAGCUGCGUUCCAUGGUGCAAGGCGACCUCUCCAUCAACGAUUACUGCACCAAGCUCAAGAGGAUCGCCGACCAGCUGCGCGACAUCGGCCACCCCGUCUCUGAGCCGAGUCAGAGCGCCCGCUCCUUCCUCAUCUUGGAAGAGCUCAGCUUCCAACAUGACGCCACCGUCGAGGCAGGCCAGGCCCUGACCGUCUCCCAUGGUGCCACCAACGGCGGCUCUUCGUCCACCUCCUCCGGCACCAAGGACGGCUCCUCCGGGUUUUCCGCGGCGCGCACCAACAACAACCGCAACGGCGGCUCCGGAAACGCCGGGAACGGCAACGGCGGCGGCAACCGGAACAAUCGCUUCAAUCGCCGACGUGGCAACGGCGGCAACUGGAACAACGGCGGCGCCGUCAACCGAUCCAACACCAACAACGGCGGCGCCAACAACUCCUCCGCGCCUUGGACUGCCGGCUACAACCCUGGCAGGGCAUGGUAG